AUGAGUAUGAAUACACCUGCAGUUGUCAUGGACAACGGUACUGGUUUAACCAAGUUAGGGUUUGCUGGAAAUGAUUCCCCUUCAUUUGUUUUCCCAACAGCCAUUGCUACCUCAUCAGCAUCUUCUAAAGCUGGCAAAGGUGUUCGUGGUUCAAAUUUGGCAUCUAAAAGAGGAUUAGAAGAUUUAGAUUUUUAUAUUGGAGAUGAAGCCAUAGAAGCUUCAACUGGUUCUCAAUAUGGUUUGCAUUAUCCUAUUAAACAUGGUCAAGUCGAAGAUUGGGAUCAAAUGGAAAGAUUUUGGGAAAGUUCUAUUUUCAAAUAUUUGAGAUGUGAACCAGAAGAUCAUUACUUUUUAUUAACUGAACCACCAUUAAAUCCACCAGAAAAUCGUGAAAGUACAGCUGAAAUUAUGUUUGAAUCUUUUAAUUGUGCUGGUUUAUAUAUUGCCGUUCAAGCAGUGUUGGCAUUAGCUGCAUCUUGGACUUCUCCUAAAGUACAAGAUAGAUCAUUGAGUGGUACUGUUAUCGAUUCUGGUGAUGGUGUUACUCACGUUAUUCCAGUUGCCGAAGGUUAUGUGAUUGGUACCGCCAUCAAAAACAUCCCAUUAGCUGGUAGAGAUAUCACUUUGUUUAUUCAACAAUUAUUAAGAGAUCGUGGUGAAGCUGAUACCAGUUUGCAAACUGCUGAAAAGAUCAAACAACAAUUCUGUUAUGUUUGUCCUGAUAUCGUCCAAGAAUUUAGCAGAUUUGAUCAAUAUCCUCAAGAAAAAUUUGCUCAAUAUAUUGUUGAAUACUAUGAUAAAAACAAAAAGAAUGUUGUUGAUGUUGGUUAUGAAAGAUUUUUGGCUCCAGAAAUUUUCUUCAAUCCAGAAAUUUGUUCAUCUGAUUUUUUGACUCCAUUACCAACCGUUGUUGAUCAAGUUAUCCAAGCAUCUCCAAUUGAUGUGCGUAAGAAAUUGUAUAAAAACAUUGUUUUAUCAGGUGGUUCUACCAUGUUUAAAGAUUUUGGUAAAAGAUUACAAAGAGAUUUGAAAACCAUAGUUAAUGAAAGGGUUCAAUUGAGUGAAAGAUUAAGUGGACUGAAGAGUACUGGUGUUGACGUGCAAGUUAUUUCACAUAAGAAACAAAGAAAUGCAGUUUGGUUUGGUGGUUCACUUUUAGCACAAACAUCCGAGUUCAAGAGUUACUGUUACACCAAGAGUGAUUAUGAUGAAUAUGGUCCAAGUAUUGUUAGAAACUUUUCCUUAUUCUCUGUACCAUAA